GAAAUGUAAGACUCUCUUCUCUCACAUUUGCCACAAAUUAGUGAUUAAUUUGAGCCUUUAGACGAAAAGUGACAACCCUUACAAGUUAAAGACUAAAAUGUGUUUUACCCUUUUCUAAACGCAAUAAAACUUACCAAGUCUGCGUUUUAAACCCACAGGCAAGCGUUUCAGUCGACGCUCCAUCUCAUUCAGCACCGUCGCCGCCGCAUCGUAUUCUGCAAGUCCUCCGCCGCCGCACAGUCGUCUGAACGUCAUUCGGCGUUGUGUCAAAACCGCAGGAAUGACAACGAGAAUUGCAAUUCUGAGGGACACUGGAAGGAAAUUGGGCUGCGUUUUAGGGUUCAACAGGUGGAUCCAUUCCAUGCCUCAAUCUCCUCCUUUGGCCAGGAGCAUUGACCUUGGGAUUGGGACUCGGUCGUUUCAACCUGUUUUGCCUGAGUUUAGUUCCCCAAAUUUCUCUUUUGGUGGCUCUAUGGAGCUCAUGGCUGUCCCAAAAAGAAAGACCUCUCCCCAUAAAAGAGGAAUAAGGAAUGGACCCAAAGCUUUGAAACCUGUUCCUGUGCUUGUCUUGUGCAAGAAUUGUGGUACUGUCAGGCUUCCACACUUCUAUUGUUGUGGUGGGAAACCAAAGGACAAUAAUGGUGAAGAGAAUGGCCAAAGAUGAUUAUUAAGCUGUUUAUGAUAAAGCACCUUAUAUUAGUUGACGGGCAGAGCCACCCAUAUGUAGGUCUUGGUCUUGCUUCAGAUUGUUAGCCAUUUGAUGGGGUAGGUUGUUUGGUAGUAAUGCUUUACUUAAACAAUCCCUGUUGUUGGAUUGGAUUCUUUUUUUUUUUUUUU